AUGUUUUUCCGCGCAACCUUCAUUGCCUCGCUGUUGGCAGUCCUGCCUCAGGCUUCGGCCACGGCUUGCCGAUGCGCUCCCGCUGAUGAUUGCUGGCCCACAGAGCACGUCUGGUCUCAAUUAAACAAGACCAUCGAUGGCCGUCUAGUGAAGACCGUGCCUCUUGGCACCCCUUGCCAUGCGCCAAAUUACAACUCUGAAGCCUGUGCAGUGUUGAAGGAUGGGUGGCUACUUCCCGAGGAGCACUAUGAAUCGUCUUCUUCAAUUAUGGCGCCGUUCUUUGCCGAUGGUGUUUGUGAUCCAUUCCACCCUGUCUCAAAACCCUGCACACUGGGCAACUAUGUGCGCUACAGCGUGAAUGUCACCAGCCAGGCUCAGAUUUCCAAAGCUGUGGAGUUCGCAACCAAGCACAACAUUCGUCUAGUUAUCCGUAACACCGGCCAUGACUACAAUGGCCGGUCCACUGGUGCAGGAGCCCUUGCAAUCUGGACUCACCACCUGAAGGAUCUGUCAAUCCACGACUACAAGGAUAAGCACUACUCCGGAAAGGCCAUUACUAUGGGUGCUGGCAUCCAGGGCCACGAAGCCUACGAAAUCGCCGAGGAGACUGGCUACCAGGUUGUUGGUGGUGAAUGUCCCACCGUUGGUCUUGCCGGUGGCUACACCCAAGGAGGUGGUCACUCCGCACUUGGCUCCCGUUACGGCCUGGGCGCCGAUCAAGUCCUAAAAUGGGAGGUCAUCGACGGCCAGGGCAACUUCAUUACUGCUACCCGCGACAACAAGCACUCCGAUAUUUUCUGGGCUCUGAGUGGCGGUGGUGCUGGUACUUACGGUAUCGUCUGGUCCAUGACCUCGAAGGCACACCCCGGAACUCCCGUCUCUGGCUUGAACCUGACCUACACAAAUGAGGGUAUCUCGCAAGAUACCUUCUUCGAUACCAUCGAGACCUUCCACGCCGAGCUACCCGCUAUCGUCGAUGCAGGUGCUAUGAGCGUCUGGUACUUCACCAACACCAGCUUCUCUAUUGCUCCAAUCACCGGUCCCAACAUUCCUGUCGCUGACUUGGUGGCACUUCUCAAGCCCUUCACCGACAGCCUCGAUAAGCUCGACAUCAAGUACAACAUGGUUGCCAAACAAUAUGAGAGCUACUACAGCCAGUUCAAGGAUAUGCAAGGCGUUAUCCAGGUUGGCACUGCCCAGUAUGGAGGUUGGCUGGUCCCGAGAUCGGUCGUUCAGAACAACAACCACGGCCUAAUGACUGCUUACCGUGAGAUCACCGAGGCUGGCGGUACCUUCAUCGGCGUCGGUUUGAACGUCUCCCACAAGGUGUCUGGAGAUGUCCAUAAUGCGGUCCUCCCUGCUUGGCGCGAGGCUCUGAUUGAUACUACUUUGACGACACCAUGGGAGUGGGAUAAUUCUGCUCUCAUGUUGGAGCGCCAGCGCCAAAUGACCGAAGAUUUCAUUCCUAAACUGACUGCGCUUUCUCCCAAGUCCGGUGCUUAUAUGAAUGAGGGUGACUUCCAACAACCCAACUUCAAGGAGGUCUUCUAUGGUACCAACUAUGAUACCUUGCGCAAGAUCAAGGCCAAGUAUGAUCCGAAGAACAUCUUCUACGCCAGAACCGCUGUCGGAUCUGACGAGUGGACUGAGCGUGAGGAUGGCCGUUUGUGUAAAUCUACCUAG